UUAACCCGGCAUCCGACACGUGGGGUGUGACAAACCCCAACGAUCGGAUUUUACAAGUUAUCUAUUAAAAUUUCACGCCGACUGCUGGCAGCGCCUCAGUAGCUUUCAAGGACACUCCAAUAAGUAAUACGAGCCACAUGCGGCAGUUGGUCUGCUGACGCCUAGUGAGUAGUAUCGUCAUAGGAUUGUUUGGGGUUUGUCAUACCCCACGUGUCGGAACUCGGAAGUUUUUUGCAGUUGUUUUAUUUCACAUUUUGUCGUGAUUAUAAAGGUAAGUCGUAUUUUAUAUAACUCUUUAAUUAAAACUUUACAUUUUUAAACAGUAUUUCAGAACUAUAAAAAAAUAUGGGCGAUUACGAGAAGGAGCAACGUAGGCUUUGGGCACUUUGGGAGGAAGUACAGAAUGAAGAUGAAGCGAUCGAUCGAGACGAUUCAGAAGAAGAAGAUGAAAUAGAUAAUGUUCCUUCAACUGAAGAUGAAUGGCUUGAAAUAGCUAAAGAUUUUGAAAACGAGUGGAAUUUUCCACAUUGCAUAGGGGCUCUUGACGGGAAGCAGGUGCAAAUUCAGUGUCCAGCGAAUAGUGGUAGUUCCUUCUAUAAUUACAAACGAACGUUUAGUAUCGUCUUAAUGGCGAUCGUUGAUGCAAACUAUAAAUUCAUAUAUGCACAUGUAGGAUCCCAGGGCCGAAUGUCAGACGGAGGCGUUUUCCACACUACGUCUUUCUGUAGAGGCUUGGUUAAUAACGCAUUGAAUAUACCAAAACCAACACCUCUUUCUAAGAGCACGCACUUAGAAGUAUCUUAUGUGAUCAUAGCAGAUGACGCCUUUCCUUUGACAACCAAUAUUAUGAAACCAUUUCCGGUUAAUAUACCAGCAGGAUCUCCAAGGAGAAUAUACAAUUAUAGGCUAUCUAGAGCCCGGCGCAUUGUGGAAAAUGCUUUCGGACUUUAA